UAUAUCACAAGGCUACAGGUGCCUUUAUUUCCACCGGGCGCUGGUGCCGGGAGCACCUGCCUUCUCUUGCCUUGAAAGCCUCCUCUUUGGACCUAGUCAGCGCUGCCCUCACGGUGAUGUUGGAUUCAGUGACACACAGCACCUACCUGCCCAAUGCGUCCUUCUGCGACCCCCUGAUGUCCUGGACUGACCUGUUUAGCAAUGAAGAGUAUUAUCCUGCCUUCGAGCACCAGACGGCCUGCGACUCCUACUGGACAUCCGUCCACCCCGAGUACUGGACGAAGCGCCACGUCUGGGAAUGGAUCCAGUUCUGCUGCGACCAGUACAAGCUGGACACCAACUGCAUCUCCUUCUGCCACUUCAACGUCAGCGGCCUGCAGCUGUGCAGCAUGACCCAGGAGGAGUUCGUGGAGGCGGGGGGCAUCUGCGGGGAGUACCUGUACUUCAUCCUCCAGAACAUCCGCUCCCAAGGUUACUCCUUCUUCAAUGAUGCUGAAGAGACCAAGGCCGGCAUCAAAGACUAUGCUGAUUCCAGUUGCCUGAAAACAAGUGGCAUCAAAAGUCAAGACUGUCACAGUCACAAUCGAACGAGCCUCCAAAGUUCUCACCUCUGGGAAUUUGUGCGCGACCUGCUCCUGUCUCCCGAAGAAAACUGCGGCAUCCUGGAGUGGGAAGACAGGGAGCAGGGCAUUUUCCGGGUGGUGAAAUCCGAGGCCCUGGCAAAGAUGUGGGGACAAAGGAAGAAAAACGACAGAAUGACGUACGAGAAGUUGAGCAGAGCUCUGAGGUACUACUAUAAAACGGGAAUUCUGGAACGGGUCGACCGAAGGUUAGUGUACAAAUUUGGAAAAAACGCACACGGGUGGCAGGAAGACAAGCUAUGACCGGCUCCAUCGUCUGGCUCCUGCUGAUGGAUCUCUGAAAGCAAUCACGUCGCAAUAGACAUUUGCAAGUCUUGUUUUUCGGUUUGUUUGUUUUUUAAACGUGCAAACGUGCUGAUAAAGUUUCUCCACAUCUCCGCUUACAUUUGGAUUCAGAGUUGUUGUUGUCUCCUCACGGGUGAUGGCAGCAACUCUUAAGAAAUCCCGCUGCUUUUUUUUUUAACCAAGGGGGGGGGGACCUUUCCUGGUACCUUGAGCAAACAUGGCUUCCCUAUUCGAGAGGCACAGAACCUCAGCAGCCAGAGGCACGGGUGCAGCUCAGAGGAAAGGACCCAGCUCUGCCUUUAGACCCACCCGGUGCUCCCAUCCCCAAAGCUCCAAAGUUCCCACACACUUAGCUGUGGCAACUCACAAAGGGAAGAAGUGAUUCGUUCGUAUUUAAUGUAACAGGAAGGGGUGACGUGCUAAGACAAACAUACUGUAGGUUUUACAUCGUUAAAAUAAAAUCCCAUAGAAAAGCUUCUUAAUUAGUGGAAGGGCUAAGCCAUCCAGCUGAGCAUAGGUUAACAAGACGUUUCUCAACCAGCACAUCUUCAUGACCACUCAUCAACACUCCCACGGCUUCCUUACCGAAUAACACACUAACCAUUAGACACAUUCUUCAUUCUUGCUGAGUUUAUUUCCCUUUUCUCCUGCUUGGGGGGGGGGGGGGGCAUCCGACAGGCAAAGGCACUUGCAUCAAUUUCCAAAUCACGGCUGUUUCUAUGACUCAAGCUGUCAACACGAUGAAAUCAUAAUUCGUUGAUUCUGUCCGUGCCCAAUGGAAAUGUCCUGACAGCUCAGUCACAGCCAAUGAAAUUGAGUCUCUUCUGUGUUGCCUUCCUACCUGAUGUGUCCUCAAGCUCCAAAACAUAUUUCCUUGACAGAAAUGGCGACCAAACGCUCACAGGUUACAGGGUGCACUGACAGUCUCAUGGGCCACUGGUAGGGAUGCCAUUAAUGACCUCCAACUAGGUGGACGGCCGGGACUUCUAUGCCACCAGAGCAGGAAGCUUCGUGUGGCGAGGCACUGCACACCACAGUCCUGUGCUGAGGACCUCCAUGCUUAGAGUUUAACUUCAAAAGCAACUUGUGUGAGCCCAGCCAGAGUGGCUCAGUUCGUUGAGUGUUGUCCUGUGCACCUAAAGGUCACCAGUUCAAUUCCAAGUUAGGGCACAUAACAGGGUUUCAGGUUCCAUCUCCG